AUGGUGUGGUGUGGUCUGGUCAGUCACGUGAUGAUCGCAAGUGUCUUGCCUACCGUUGUCGCUUUGAUCAUGCUCUCUAUUACAGCUAUUUCAGAAUCGCUUGUAGCAGUCUGGACGUACAGAACCACAGGAUCCACAGAACCUCCAUCAAGCACCUUACAUCCUACUUCUGGUUCAGUGGUCACCGACUCAUUGGAUAUUAAAAUUGGUAAUACAGUAAAGACAGUAACAACAAGCACCACAACAAUACUUUAA